GAUGAGCUCUCCGCCAAUCAGACUGUUUGUUUACCGUAUAUUACAUAACGAGGUGCGUCUUAGCGCGGCUGUCCUGUAUCAUCAGGCUACCUCCUUACCCUCCGCCUGAUGAACUCUGCGAAACGCUACAAAUAAUUCACGGAAUGAAUAUGGUCGCGCAGUCAGAAACAUAUAUGAUGCAGCUGCAGCUGUUGAUGGAGCCCCCGGGCGACCUUCGAAGGCACGGUUUCAUCACAGCGCCUCUUACGGACGAAGAGCUUUUACUGAAGCGGCGAUGUCUAGGAUGUAACAAAGCCAUGUCGCAACUCAGAGGUAGAGAGAGGACGGGACCAGGUCUUUCUAUCUCGGCGCAUGCAGCGAAUGUGGCAGGCGCACCUCAGAUAUCUGCAUCCGAGUUCAAUGGGCCGGCGGAGAAGGCUGCGACCGCUCCUAAAUUCAAGUGCAGAUUUCAUCCCGGCAAGGUUGAAUACAAGUAUUGGACAUGUUGCGAUCAGCACUGUACCGCUGACCCUUGCAGCGGCUCUGAUUUCCACAAUCCCCGCGACGAGUCUCUAAUGGAGCUCACCCGGCGCCAUCAACUGCACUUUACGCCUAUCGUACACCAGGAUAGCCUGACCAGAGGCCAAGACCUCCGGGCAGCUGUCGCUCUGGAUUGCGAGAUGGGUACCGCCCAAUCUGGAGACACGGAGCUUAUCAAAGUCUCCCUAAUAGACUACUUCACGGGUGAGGUUCUCGUAAACAAUAUCGUGGAGCCGGACGUACCAUUACGACACCUCAAUACAAAGUACUCGGGCGUCACUUGGGGUCAUAUGCGUGAAGCACAGAGGAGGCGAACGAUCUUAAAAGCUACCACAGGGGCGCGAUAUGCAGUAUGGAGGUUUGUUGGCGAACAGACAAUCGUUGUAGGACAUGGUGUCCACAACGACUUGAGAUCAAUGAAGUGGAUUCAUGAGCGUGUCGUCGACUCAUUUGUGAUCGAGUUCAACAUCAAAAGAAUUAGGGAGGAGAAAGAGAGAAUUGCGGAAGAGGAAGCGAUUGCGAAGGCGAAGGCUGAUGGUACUUACGUGGAACCUGUCAAAGAGACGCCGGUAUCGGGUGAAGGUGCGAACAGGGUUGUUGUACCGCCGGUACACAAACCCAGGAAAAGGAAGGGAGGAGACCUGUCGCUCAAGACCCUGGUGGAUAAGCGUUUAGGUCGGAAGAUCCAACUCGGUGAGGGUACGACGGGUCACGAUUCUUUGGAGGAUGCAAUUGCGGCGCGAGACUUGGUUCAUUGGCACAUUAACAACCCAGGUGCCAACAACUCAGAUGCUGAGUAAAGCUGUGUGGAGCACUGUUGGGCAUUGGUAGUGUCCUCACACCGUUCGACGCCUGUUCACUUCCACCACUUCAUACGACAAACAUCCCGGUAUGGUCAUUACCAGUGUUGUAUACAAACAUGAGACGGUAUGACUACUACCACUCUGCACUAUCUCUCCCAUGAGUACAAGCCCACCUCCACCCUUAUCACAGGUUUACUCUCCUUUCUUCGCCUUCAAUUUUCUUAGCUCAACUUCGAUCGCACUAUCUACUUCCUUCUUCAGGCCCUUGUAGUAUCCCAGCUUGAACAGGAUUUCGUACCAGACGAA